CGCGCCCGCCAGGCCAGCCAGCCACCACCGUCCACCACCACCAUGCUCGCGAGGGCUCCUCCACGGCCGUGCUCCACCGCCGGCGCCGUUAAUGCUUCCGGCGACGAGCACAGCACGAGGACGUGGAGGCCCGUUGUUGGCGGCGCUGGCCUCGCCAGCGGACCACCAAGAGCCGCCGCCGGUGGCGUCAGGCUCGUCGCGGUGAGGCACGGGAGGACGACGACGACGACGACGAUCGUGGCUGCGGCCGCCGGCGAGAGGCGGGCAGCCGGGCCGGGGACGGAGCCGGUGACGGCGGUGGUGGCUGCUCCUAAUGGGUCGUCGUCGGCCGUCGCAGGUAUCAGCACCCUCUUGACAUCGACUGUGGGGAAAUCGACAAAUAUCCUGUGGCAUGAUUGUCCCAUUGGGCAGAACGAGAGACAGAAUUUGCUGAACCAGAAGGGUUGUGUUGUGUGGAUCACUGGUCUAAGUGGUUCAGGAAAAAGCACGCUCGCAUGUGCGCUGAGCCGUGAGUUGCACAUUAGAGGCCAUCUGACAUACGUCCUCGACGGCGAUAAUCUCAGGCAUGGGUUGAACCGGGACCUCAGCUUCAAAGCAGAAGAUCGUGCUGAAAACAUACGCAGAGUAGGGGAAGUAGCAAAGCUAUUCGCAGAUGCUGGCCUGAUCUGCAUUGCUAGCUUGAUAUCACCUUACAGAAGUGAUCGAAGUGCAUGUCGCAGUUUACUACCAAAGUCUUCGUUUAUAGAGGUCUUCCUAAACGCUCCACUGGAAGUAUGCGAAGCGAGAGAUCCAAAAGGCCUGUACAAGCUUGCACGUGCUGGCAGAAUCAAAGGUUUUACUGGCAUUGAUGAUCCUUACGAAGCACCAUCCGAUUGUGAGAUUGUGAUCCAUUGUAAAGUUGGGGACUGCCCUUCACCUAAAUCAAUGGCUGAUCAAGUUGUGUCAUAUCUUGAGACGAAUGGUUUCCUCCAUGACUAGACAUGGAUGUAUAUGCAACGCAACACAUCUUGUAUAUAGCAGCAAUUGGGGUGGCACUGCCAAUGUUACCUAUCUGAGUACCCGACGAAUGCUAAUGAAUUAUCUAGUUUCUUAAGUCAGAUUGAUAAUUUGGUUCAUCAGUUAUCAAGAACUUGUUUGUACUGUGGUCUUAGAUUGCACACAUGUACAGGGUGAUGUGUUGCUGACUUGCUGCUUGUGAUGCAAUGCAAAUUGUGGACUGUGGAGGAUGAUUUGUUUCAGCUGCUGGCAGUGUAAUAUGAUGGUUGGGUCGUGUUGCUUUUUAACACGAAACAAGAUAUGGCUAUGUUCAAGAAAGAGUGCAGCCUGACAAAGUUGCUUAA